CUCUGGACUUUGGUGAUGGGCUCACUGGGCCAGUGCCCCUCCCUCCCACACACAGUGUUCCUGGACUCUUGGGGACCGUGCCCUCACACCCCUGUCCCACAGGUAGCCAUCCGAGAGGCCUACGAGGCUGGUCUGAUUGGCAAGAAUGCCUGCGGCUCCGGCUACGAUUUGGACGUGUUUGUGGUGCGUGGGGCUGGGGCUUACAUCUGCGGGGAGGAGACAGCACUCAUCGAGUCCAUCGAGGGCAAGCAGGGCAAGCCCCGCCUAAAGCCUCCCUUCCCUGCAGACGUGGGAGUGUUCGGCUGCCCUACAACCGUGGCCAACGUGGAGACAGUGGCCGUGUCCCCUACCAUCUGCCGCCGAGGGGGUGUGUGGUUUGCCAGCUUUGGCCGCGAACGCAACUCAGGCACCAAGCUGUUCAACAUCUCUGGCCAUGUCAACCACCCUUGCACCGUGGAGGAGGAGAUGUCUAUACCGCUGAAGGAACUGAUUGAAAAGCACGCCGGGGGUGUCACGGGUGGCUGGGACAACCUCCUUGCUGUGAUUCCUGGCGGCUCGUCCACCCCACUGAUCCCCAAGUCCGUGUGUGAGACGGUGCUGAUGGACUUCGACGCGCUGGCGCAGGCGCAGACGGGCCUGGGCACGGCUGCCGUGAUCGUCAUGGACCGCUCGACGGAUAUCGUGAAAGCCAUCGCCCGCCUCAUCGAGUUCUACAAGCACGAGAGCUGUGGCCAGUGCACCCCAUGCCGUGAGGGUGUGGACUGGAUGAACAAGGUGAUGGCCCGCUUUGUGAAGGGGGACGCCCGGCCGGCUGAGAUCGACUCCCUGUGGGAGAUCAGCAAGCAGAUAGAGGGCCACACCAUUUGUGCCCUGGGCGACGGAGCUGCCUGGCCCGUGCAGGGCCUGAUCCGACACUUCCGGCCGGAGCUCGAGGAGCGGAUGCAGCGGUUCGCCCAGCAGCAGCAGGCCAGGCGAGCCGCUUCCUGAGCCCGCUGCGCUGGGCCGGCAUCCAUCUGCCUGGACGGCGGGACAAUAAAGCGAGUGCUGCCCGCUCGUUGCGUCUUC